AGCAGGUAGAGUUCUGAGCAAAUACUGAGCUCACAGACUUAAAAAAAAUGGUAUGAUUAAGAGUGUAAGUAAAGAUAUCCUCAAAUAUUUCGUUUUUUCUUCCACAAAAUCUUAUCAACUUUGUCGCAUACUCUUGUGUGUAUAUUGAGUCCAAUAGGAAAAAUAUGAUACAGAAAGCAUUAAACUCAAUUAACAUGCAGUCCUUGAUCACAUAUUUCCUGCCUUUCCUAUUGUUCUUAUUCUUCCUCCACAAAUGGGUCUCAACAAAAUCCAUAAAAAAACAAAAUUUACCACCAUCUCCACCAAAACUACCAAUUAUAGGACAUAUUCACAUGCUAGGCAUGCUGCCUCACCGUACGUUGCGAUCGUUAUCCGAUCAAUACGGCGAGCUCAUGUUGCUCUACUUUGGUAGUAAGCCUACUCUUAUAGUCUCUUCUGCUCGAGUAGCGAAAGAGGUCAUGAAAACACAUGAUGCUGUAAUUGCUAAUAGAUUUGAGUUUAUCAUAAAUGGUAAGCUAUUUUACAACUACAGGGAUGUUGUUACUUCCUCUUAUGGAGAAUAUUGGAGGCAAAUGAAGAGUAUAUUUGUGUUGCAACUUCUAAGUAAUAAAAGAGUUCGGUCGUUUAAGAAUAUACGAGAGGAAGAAACUGCUUUGUUGAUGAAAAAGAUUUCGCAGAAAAAUAAUAAUAAUACUAACAACAGCAACAAUAAUAAUAAUAAUAAUAAUAAGAAGAAGAAUGAUAAUGAUAAUGAUAAUGGUGCUAUUGUAAAUUUGAGCGAGAUGUUUAUGGUGUUGACGAAUGAUUUGAUAUGUAGAGUUUCAUUUGGUAGAAAAUACGGUGAAGAUAAAAAAAGUGGUGUUGAUUUUAAUGUUAUAAAGGAAUUUGUUGAGUUGCUUGGCGUAGUUAAUAUUGGGGAUUUCAUACCUUGGUUGGGCUGGAUGAAUAGAUUCAAUGGUUUGAAUGCAAAGGUGGAGAGAGUUGCAGAAAGGUUUGAUUUGUUAUUGGAAGAUAUAAUUACUGAGCACUUGAACCGACUAGAUCAAGCACGAGAUUUUGAUAAUUAUGAAGCCAAGGACUUUGUGGACGUUUUACUUAAAGCACAAAGAGAAAAGUCUGUUGGUUUUACUCUUGAACGAGAAAACAUCAAAGCCAUGAUACUAGACGCAUUUGCAGCAGGGACUGAUACAACAUACACAGUGUUAGAAUGGGCAAUGACAGAGCUCUUGAGAAAUCCUAGAAUAAUGAAAGAAGUGCAAAAAGAGGUACGAGAAAUUGGUGGAGAAAAACAUCACAUAACUGAAGAUGAUCUGGAGAACAUGAAGUACUUAAAAGCAGUGAUGAAAGAAACACUACGGAUGUACCCGCCGAUACCAUUACUCGUGCCUCGCGUUUCAACCCAAGAUACAAAGAUUAAUGGCUAUGACAUUCCUGCAGACACUCUUGUUUUUGUCAAUGCUUGGGCAGUUCAGAGAGACCCUGCUAUAUGGGAAAAACCAGAGGAAUUUUGUCCCGAAAGAUUUCUGAAUUCUUCAGUAGAGUUAAAAGGGCAGGAUUUCGAGUUGAUUCCGUUUGGAGGUGGACGAAGAAUUUGCCCUGCAAUAUCAUUUGUGAUGGCAAAUAAUGAGCUUGUGUUAGCAAAUCUUAUGCACAAGUUUAAUUGGAGAUUGCCUGAUGGAGUUAAAGCUGAAAAUUUGGACAUGUCUGAAAGUACUGGUCUCACUAUACACAGGAAUAUUCCUCUUCUUGCUGUUGCUACGCCAUAUUUUCAGGAUUAGACUAGUUGAUUACUUGUGUUGUGACUAUAUACAUGUAAUAACUGUGUUAGUAUAUGAUCAGUAUUUCUAGAGGUAUAAGGGCAGUUCAGAUACUAGACAGUACUAAUAAUUACUCGUAAUUUCUUUU